AUGAAGAGGACGACUGCCCACUUAAACCCGAGCCAGUCUAAAGGAGCUCAAGACACCUUCAUAUGGUUACCAACGAAGUCAGGAGAGUACAACGUCAAAACAGGCUACCACACCGCGAGAGCUCAAGAGAUGGAACCUGAUGACCCUCACCUUCACCAACUAAACUGGAUAAAAGAUGUUUGGUCAGGAAAGUUUUCACCAAAACUAAUAGUCUUCUUAUGGAAGAUUAUUCAGAGGGCUUUACCUCUUGGAGACAACCUGCUGAAUCAUGGUCUCGACAAUGUCUGCUGCAUCCACUGUGGAGAUCUUGAAGCCUGGAAGCUAGCUCCUACAACGGAUUCGCUAGACCCUGCCGCUCUACUAGACUUCACUAGGACUUUUCUACUCUACAAAAACCAAGUCUGCCUCCCACCGACUGGAAUCAACGCAGGGACCAUCUUCCCAUGGAUCUGCUGGGCCAUCUGGUCAACCAAGAACCAUCUAAUCUUCGAGGAACGCUCUUUCUCCCCAGAAGAAACAAUCCUCAAGGCAAUUGUGGAUGCCAAAGAAUGGCAAUUGGCGCAAACCCUUGAGAAACCUGCAGCAUGCAAAAUCAUUUCAGCAAAGCUUUACGAAAUCUAUGAUGGCCAAAUCACUGUUUUCACAGAUGGAUCUUGGAACACAGAGACAAAAAUUGCAGGAAUGGGAUGGACCUUCAAAGACAAAGAGAUACGAAUUCUCUCUGGGAAAGCAGCGGAACCAUUCGUAGCAUCGCCAAUCAUUGCAGAAGCCUUGGCAAUCAAAUCGGCACUAAUCCAACCACUGGAAUUGGGAUUCCUAAACCUACAUAUCAAGUCGGACGCUCCAUCUAAUCCGAGCCCUAACAGCGCAAAAGAAAAUCAAGGAGAUCUACAGUCUUCUUUUUGA